AUGUUCGAGCAUCUCGGCCAUGCUAUACUGAGUUCCGGAGGCGAGAAGAUGUCCUGCCUCAGGGUUCAACCACCUCUGGAGAUUGUUGUCGAGAUUAGCCACGAAGGCGAGUCAACAGCAUCACUUCUUAUUCCGGCCAAUUUCUACAAUGGCACAACAGGAAAGUCUGCUACAAAGCAUGCAUUGUCGGACGGACUUUCAUUUCGUAUGCAAGCGCAUGAAGAAGAGAUUGGUUGGUUGAUCCCACCAGAUGAGGACGGAUGA